AUGUCGCAGUACAACAUCGCCGUCUUGCUUUACCCUGGUGCCGACGCCCUGGACUUCACUGGGCCAGUGGAGAUCUUCUCCGCUGUUCUAAGCGGCCGAUCAUUGAGCGCUCCGGCUGUGUUCCAUUCCACUACAUUCGCGCUCGCGUCCCCGGUAACGGCGGCCAGCGGGCCGCUCACGCUCACCCCGAACGCCACGCUCGUCCAGGUCAGGGAACGGCUCGAGGACUUCGACGUCCUGGUCGUGCCCGGCGCGGGUCCGCAGGUCAUCACCGACCUAAUUACAAGCGAGGACGGGAAGCAGGUAUUGGACCUGAUCAAGCGCUUCGCGGGUUUGGAACCGCGCAGCGCGCACAGGGUCCUGCUGUCCGUCUGCACGGGCUCCGUGAUCCUCGGCGCUGCGGGCGUUCUAGGGGGAAAGGAGGCAACGACGCAUCACAUGUUCUACGACAUGCUGUCUGAGGUGUCGGCGAAGGCGGGUGGAAAGGUCGAGCUGGUGAAAGAAAGGAGAUGGGUCGAUGCGGGGUUUAAUGAGGCUGGCGUUCGCAUCGUGACGGCGGGUGGGGUAAGCUCGGGGAUGGACGCGAGUUUGUAUGUGGUCGAGAAAAUGGUAGGAAAGGAUGCUGCGGACCUUGCGGGAGAAAUUGUAGAGUUCGAGAGCAGGCAGGAGGUGGUCGUGUAG